UUUAAAAAAGAAAAAAAAUGCAACACAAAAAAAAAAAAAAUCUCUUUCUUCUACAACCAAACAGUUUCUUUACUUCUGCCUACACACACACAUUUCAUUUCUCUCAUAGAAUAUGCAACCAACACUCUUUUCCAACGUGAGAACAAACCUCUCUCAAUUGCCUCGAUCCAUCUCCCCACAUUUGCCUUCACCCGGGUCUCCUCCUUCAUCCUCAUCAAUCCGCCGUUCGCCAUAUCUGCGCUCUCGAUCCUCAUCUCCUUCUCCUCAACGAUUUGCCAGUGUACUUGCCUAUCAUCCAGCAUUUCCUAGUGAUUCUAAAGACCCCAGUAGAAAGCACAAAGAUACAUCUUCAACGGUGGAAUGGUCGCAUCUCGAUCCAAAACAGCAACAGCAACAACAGCAACAGCAGCAACAGCAGCAACAGCAGCAACAGCUACGGGCACAACAGCAGCAGCAAGAUAGACUUGAUCAUAGGAUAGAGUAUAUAGACAAAAGCGACAACAACGGAGAAAGAAAAAACAGAAAUGAAAGUCCUAGCCGUCUCGCUUUCAGAAACUCGGAAGACAGUUGGAGACGAUUUGAGAUCGACUCCACCGCAAGUUCCCCUUCAUCAUUAUCACCUCCAACAGGCUCUCGUUCUACUUUCGAAUCAUCAUUGCCCAUUUCCUCCAGACCUGCUUCCCCUUCUCCCCUUUCUAGACGACUCUACACGGAACUGAUUGAAUGUGCGUCCCUUAGUAAAAGCAAAGAGUCCAAAGCAACAGAAAGUAGUAAUGAUAGUGCUAAUGGCAAUGGCAAUGGCAAUGGCGACAAAGGGUCAGUACGACGAUCCAUUAGAGCAAAAAGCACUAGUGCUAGCCCAGCUCCGUCAGGCGACAUGUUUACAGCUGUCUUUGACUCGGGGCUUCAAAUCAAGAAAAUGAGCGAUCAAGGUACAUGUACAGGAAAAAACAAUCAUCAAAAUCAUAGUGGUACAAGGCCAAUAAGAGAAGGACAAACCAUAGCCAUCAAAUCGCCCCCUCAACAAACAUCAACACCCGCAGUGACUUCGCCACUUCUGGACUCUUCUGCCAUGAAUACCAUCACGACUCCUUCAUUUCCUCCACAAGACUUCAACAACGGCCCAUGUAUAGUAUCAAAAGAGGCUCGACAUAUUCUGGAUUUACCUUCAUUGAUUGGGCAGGACCCUGAUAUGAUCGCUGAGGUAUUGACAGUGCCAAUCCCUGCUCAGCCAGCUUCCACUAGUCGCAUCAACAUGUCUGACUCUGCAUCUAGCUUCAGCUCCACACAUGAUGAUGAUGGUGAUGCUGAAACUGCUGCCCAAGAUACUAGUGAGGAUGUGGAUACAACCAAUAGUGAAACUACUCCAUUAUUGUCGUCUUCACUAUCAGAUCCUAAUCUGACUAGAAAAGCACGGCUGGCAGCCAAGGCGAUGACGGAACGAUAUGCAGGCAAAAAUCUGAACAUGACGGAGACAGAGGCUCAUAGGAUGGUUCAAUUGAUGGCUGCUGAAAUUGUAUCGUUACAUGAGGAACGACAAGAGAUGUUACAAAAGAUGGAGCAAGCCAAACGGGACAUGUUGGAGGCAGCUCAGUUACUGAGAAUGAGGGCUGCUGCUGACCAAGCUGCCACGGCAACAACCACCUCGCAGGCACAGCCAACCCAUGAAGAAGAAUUGAAGAACAUAUCGUUUACAGGCCAACGACAGAGACAGAAGCGGGGCUCGGUUGAAAUAACUCCAGAGCAAAAAGAAUUACAAAACAAAAAUGAGUGAAUAGGAGUAAUAAAAUCCGCUUUUGAGAGAGUUGUGCUUGCUUGCUUGCUUACU